GGCUGCAAUUCCGGGGCUUGCACCACUAGAGGACACUGCCUGCCUGCUUGUGUGAGCUCAGUGCUGUUACAGUUUCCCUUGCUGUCAUUCAGGAGCUUCGUCAGAUCUCCUCUAAUGAGAAACAAAUUUGGUUGCCGCUGAGUGGCGCACCUCUACGAAAGGAAAUUCAAAGGAAGCUCAGCUCUCCUUAACUUUGUUAUACUGCUGUGUGAUGGUCAGGAAAUAUCUUUUCCUUUAGCAGAAGAGGAAGAAACGUGUUACUUCAAAUACAAGCAGCUUAGGUCUUGCCAGGAAGUCCUGAGGUCACCUGGGGAAGCCAGUGAAGUCUUCACCUUGACGACGGUUGGGGACCUUCAGUGUGAUUCUUGUUAGUAAAACCCAUUCAUCUUACUCAGGUUUUCUUCCUGCAAACACCACCUGAGGGGUGAUAUGGGUUUAGUCCUGUUUCUGACCGCCUCUCUGGUAGUCAGGGAUGCUGCAGUGCUUUUCAGUUCAGAAGGGAAGAUGUCAGCGAGCUCGUUGUUCUGAACUGCAUCGAGAGAAAGCUCUGUGGUGGUGCGUGGACCUUGCUGCUGAGAGUGGGAUCCGUGUGCUUGGUGAUGUGCUGAGGAAGCAGUGCGGGCCCUGUGAACUCCUGUUGUUUUCCUUUCUGCAGGAGCUGAGUGUGGCUCUGUACCGACAUCUGCUCGGCCUUCAGGAGGGCAAAGGCAGUCCAGAGCAGCCUGCAGAUGGGAGGGAUCUGCACCUUCUGUGCUGUGACAUUGAUCCGGUGCUCAUUGAGAGGGCUCAGCAGAGCAGCCCCUUCCCUAACUCCAUAUCCUUUGCCAACUUGGACAUCAUGGACUCCAGCUCCAGAGAGCCUUUUCUCAGCUCCUACCUGAGCCGUUUUGGCCGUUCUACCUUUGACAUCAGCUUUUGCAUGUCUGUGACCAUGUGGAUCCACCUGAACCAUGGGGACAGGGGCCUGGUGGAGUUCCUGGCCUUCCUGUCCUCUCAGUGCAGGUACUUGCUGAUUGAACCCCAGCCCUGGAAGUGCUACAGAGCAGCUGCCCGCCGCCUGCGGAAGCUGGGCAGGAACGACUUCGAUCACUUCCGAUCUCUUGCCAUCAAUGGGGAUAUGGCAGAGAGGAUCACGCAGAUCUUAACGAGGGACUGCACCAUGGAGCUGGUGUGCUGCUUUGGGAGCACCAGCUGGGACAGAAGCCUCUUGCUUUUUAAAUCAAAUGGCUCGAAUCACGAGGGCAGGGAGCCUUCAGAACAGCAGCAGUGACUGGCAAAGGGCUUCUUGUGCUCCUGAGCUUGUAGGGAAGCUACAGAGUCGCAUACAGGAAUUCCUACAUCCCUAUCAGGGUCAGACCUUGACCUCCCUGGGGAGUUUGAGGCAACUAAUGUCUUUGCUUGUUGUGUUUGGUUUUUUUCCUCUUCACAUCUGUAAAAUGUGGUGGCAGUUCUGGCCUAUCUUGUGGGUUCUGAGGUUGCCGAUCCUAGAAAGUGCUCUUGAAAUCCAAGCUGCUAUUCAUGUGAUUUCUUACCAAGAAUGUUCCUUGGAAGAAGGAAGAACAUGCCUUUUUUUUUUUCUUU